GAGAUUUACAGAAGAGUACAGAUUUUUUUGUGGAUGCUGUUUGUUGCUCAGACGGAACUGAAGGUUAUUCUCGCCGUGUUCAACUAUAAGGAUGCAGCUCGCGGACCUCGAGAGACAAGCUUACCAUGAAAUUCGCCUGGGCAGCUAAAAUGAGCUCUGUGCAGGACUGGGGGGAGGAAGUGGAAGAAGGGGCAAUUUACAACGUGACGCUGAAGAGAGUCCAGAUCCAGCAGGCUGCCAAUAAGGGGGCGAGAUGGCUAGGGGUGGAGAAUGACCGGCUGCCCCCGGGCCACACGGUCAGCCAGCUGGAGACCUGCAAGAUCCGCAGCAUCCGAGCGGGGACUCAGCAGCGCCUGGUGGAGACGCUGCUCACCGCGUUCGCGGACAACGACCUCACCUACACCAGCAUCUUCCUGUACACGUACCGCACCUUCGCCAGCACGGAGAGCGUGCUGAGGCUGCUGUUCGCCAGGUAUGAGAGGGCAGAAGACAGUCAAGCAGCCUCUGAAGCCAAGGGAAACGUUUGCAAUGUCCUGGCCUCUAUCCUGCGAGCCUGGCUGGAUCAGUGCCCCGAGGACUUCCAGGAGCCGCCCGCGUACCCCAGCCUGCGCAGGGUGCUGGAGUUCCUGCAGGGGGCGCUGCCGGGCUCAGAGGCCGUGCGGAAGGCCCAGAUGCUGCUGGAGCAGCUGCAGGCCCAGCACAGUGCAGAGCUGGAGACGGAGGGUGGUUUCCAUGGCAACACUCCCUUCUGCCUUGGGGAGGAAGAGGAAGUAGAAAUCGAGCUCCAGGAGGACUUCCUGUCGUUUGAAGCCGAUCUGGUUGCUGAACAGCUGACCUACAUGGAUUCGGCCCUGUUCAAGAAGGUCAUCCCUCACCAGUGUCUGGGCUCCAUCUGGUCGCAGCGCGACCGCAAGCAGAAGAAGAAGCAGACCGCGCCCACCAUCCGGGCGACCGUGACGCAGUUCAACGCGGUCACCGCCUGCGUGGUCAGCACCGUGCUGCGGCGUCGGCAGCUCCGCCCCCAGCACCGCGCGCGCGUCAUCCAGCGCUGGAUCGACGUCGCCCAGGAGUGUCGGAUCCGCAAGAACUUCUCCUCCUUGAGAGCCAUCAUUUCUGCGCUACAGUCCAAUCCUCUGUACCGACUGAAGAGGGCCUGGGCCUGUGUACACAAAGACAGCUUGCAGACCUUUGAGGAGCUCUCCGACAUCUUCUCAGACCACAACAACCACCUGACCAGCAGGGAGCUGCUGAUGAGGGAAGGCACCUCCAAGUUCGCCAGUCUGGAGAGCUGUGCCAAGGAGCUCCAGAAACGCACGCAGAAAAGACUGCAGCUGCAGAAAGACAUGGGUGAGAUGCAGGGGACCAUACCCUACCUGGGCACCUUCCUGACAGACCUGACCAUGCUGGACACGGCACUGCCCGACCUGGUGGAAGGUGGCCUGAUAAACUUUGAGAAAAGACGCAGGGAGUUUGAGGUGAUUGCUCAGAUCAAGCUGCUCCAGUCUGCCUGUAACAGUUACUGUCUGACCCCUGACCCUGCCUUCCUGCGAUGGUUCAAAAGCCAGCCCCAGUGCAGCGAGGAGGAGAGCUACGCCCUGUCCUGUGAGAUCGAAGCUGUGGCAGAGAGCACUCCCACCUCCCCUAAAGCCUGCCAGAGCAUGGUGAAGAGGCUGAGUCUGCUGUUCCUGGGUGCGGACUCUGGUACAGUCAGCUCCCCUGUGAAAGACAGCCCACGUUCACCCCCUGCUGGUAGCUCAGGGGAGAGCAUGGACUCGGUCAGCGUGUCGUCGAGUGACUCCGGCCCGUCGGACAGUGAAGCCCAGACGCCCACGCAAACCCACGACGUCACGCAGAGGAAGGCAUCAGACUGUGUCUCUGCCUCCUGCUGCCCGCUCCCCUCUGUGGAUGAGUCCUCCUUACCAGCCAGCGCGUCACCUCCUCCUUCCUCCCCCUCCUCUCCCUCCGUCCCCCGGCCCUCCUCCGCCUCCUCCCCCUCCUCCCCCAUCUCGCCGAGGCUCCCCCCCGCGUACAACACCCAGGCCCGGGACGCCUGCCUCAUCCGCGUCAGCCUGGAACACAGCAACGGGAACCUGUACAAGAGCAUGGUGCUGACCAGCCAGGAUAAGACUCCCGCCGUCAUCUCCCGGGCCAUGGCCAAGCAUCACCUGCAGGGGGAGCCAGUGGACAAAUACGAGCUGGUUCAGGUCCUCUCAGAGGAGAGAGAGCUGGUCAUACCGGACAACGGCAACGUGUUCUACGCCAUGAGCACCUCGGCCAACUUCCACUUCCUGCUGCGUCCGCGCGGGGCCCCCGGCCGGCCGGUCCAGCUACGUAGCCGCUGUGGCCCCGCCCUCCCGUGCGCUCAGCAGCGCAGCAGCCUGCCGCAGAGACUCAGCAAGGUCACACUGUGACCCCCACGGGGUUCAAAGUUCAACGGUGUGAGCCAACAGGCUCUGGAGCUGGCCGGCUCUCCCCGUGGUCGUACAUGAGUUGGUCUUAAGUGUUUUCAGUCUUGUAAUGGGACUUAAAAUCUUAUUUUGUUCUCUUAAAUAGAAAAUAUUGGCUUGUUAAAAGUUACUUUUUGCUUGACAAGUGUCUUACCCCAUUGGCAUAUCUUGAAAUGAGUAAAACUGUCUCAAUUCAUCUUUGCUUUAUCUAGCAAAAGAGUAAUAGAAAUAAGAUUUUAUGUCUAAAUAUAAGACUAAAAUACUUGUUAAGCUCAACUUCUUUUGUGGUUUUGCAGUGUACAGCGGACACUGCACAUCCAGUAAUAUUUUAAAUCUGGGUUGACUGACACUAGAAACACAGAUUUUUUAGAUGAAUGCAUUUGUGUAACAUAGAUAGCAGUGGAACUGCACUGCCUGUUCUAACCUAAUAUACUGUAAAUGUUCGUGAAUCUGCAGUGCCGGGUCUAACCUGAAAAAAGCAGUGUUCUCUUAAAUCCAUAUUCAGACCUGGUGUGCAUCCCAAUACUCAAAAUAAUGUAUCCUCUUUUCCUCUAUGCAUCCCCCAGUAUGGAUGGAGGAGAAGAGUGGGAGAAAGGAGUAUUGGCUACUCCCUAGGUCCUGCUCUGCACCUCCUUUCCUCCACCUCCACUCCACCCCUGUCUGCAGAGAGUACAGCUAGCAUCUGCUAGGGCAGGGGUGUCAAACUGAAUUCCCGGGGGGCCGCAGUGUCUGCAGGUUUUUUGGGGUUUCCUUCCAAUCAGCUGUCAAUGAAGGUGUGUGGAUUCUUUAGCCAAUCAGUGGCUUGAAUGAACCACAGGUGCCGGGAACAUCCCAAAAACCAGCAGACACUGCGGCCCUCCAGGACUGCAGUUUGACACCUGUGUGCUGGGGUAUUUAUACUUGCCUUUUCUUCCACCAGCAACAUUUGUAUGCAUGCUUCCACCUCUCAUUCCUUCGGUGACAGAGAAAGAGGAGGGUGACCGUUUUCAGUCCUGUUUUGGUAGACAUCUUUUGUGCCAGUGUCCUGGAGCGUGAUGUCACACACGUCUCCUCCUUCUCUUUCGACAACAUGGUGGACAGUGAAGACAGCUGUGUGAUGAGUGUAGCUAUCGAUACAUUCUGAUUGGCUCCAAGUAGUCCAUGACAUUUACUCCACUUUGUUAUUGGUGUAUUGCCCUGUCUCUCAUAUUGGGGCUUUUUUUUUAUUGGAAGGCUGGUACCUAUAUGGUUGUACUUCCUAGUGGGGGGCAGAGGGGGCGGUUGGGUUAUCAAUGAAUUGGAGGACCCCCUGUGCCCCAUUAUGCCAUUACAAUAUUAACUAUAUUCUGUUUUUUUGUUUUUUUUGGAUGUACAUUAGUAAUAUUGUAACGGUGAAGACAAAAAUAAAAUUUAUGUAGAGAAUGGAA